AUGAUUCGGGAUGCAGAGUUUUGGAUAGAAGCGCGGCGGUUGAGCAAUCGCGGGAACUCCAUCUUUACUACGCUACUUCCGCUUCUGCAUUCUCGUCAGUUAGCUCUGGACUCUGGUGUGCAGGUAAAUGAGAUCAAUCCCGCAUGCAAAGAGGUUCCUUUGACAGAAAAUUUGCAAAGGAAGGAGCCAUACGAGGAAAAUAAAACCCUUCAGCUGCCCAGCGCCACCGCACCACGGGGUUCGGUAUCGGAGAGCACAUUACGCGUACUACAGCAGGCUAUGAUGUUUGCUGUCCCCAUGUAUGCCUUACGGUAUCAAGUAACUGGAAUGUCAAUGAGUUCCAAGACAAGUGCAGUAGUAGAUCGGGAAACGAAACAGGUGGCCACAUUCGGAGCAGGGGACGGUGUACAUAUCCCGAAUAAUAUUCGAUGCCGCGGCUGCGCAGCAGGCGACAAUUUCUUCGCAGUACUGACCGACCAGGAGGAAGUGUGGGCCUCCGGUGGGCUGCAUGUGCUGACGUGUGAUGAAGGCACAUUAACCGCCUCCCCACUCGGUAAAUCCAAUGAAAUGAAAAAAGUAGCAUCCAAAGCCCUAAUGGUGGUAGGAAACGGGCAGCGACUGUCGUGCCUUACCGAGUCUCUUUCGGUGCAGCCACUGUCAGUUGUAUUGAAUCCGGUAACAUCUAUUUUCCCCUUUAGACGCAUACGUUUCAUGGACAUGGGAUAUGGUGAUGAUUGCUAUAUGGUGGGAAUGGAUUCCGUGCUGUACAAAACUGUUGUGUCGAGCCGUACGCUAGGAACGCCGCGGCGCAUUAUGACACUAUCCCGAACCACUGUAUCGCGUGUAGCAAGCGGUUCGGGUUUUUAUGUUUUUAUUGAUGAGAAUGGGCAGUUGUACACCAUUGGAUGCAACAACAAAGGUCAGUUGGGUAAUGGACAGAAGCAGCACGCGCGGCGAAGACCUUUUCUUCACCAGUCGUUGCGGCACCACUACUUUGUUAUGGCCGCUGCAGGUAGUGGACACUCCUUAGCUCUAACUAGUAGUGGCAUGGUGUAUGGAGCGGGUAACAAUGAAAGUGGACAGUUGGGAUUAGGCGAGCACGUGACUGAAGUGCUAACCUUCACUCCCAUUCCUCUUCCUGCCAAGUGCACGGGAAUUGCAGCAGGUCCCAAAGGCAGCAUGUUUGCAUGUGCCAACGGUUGCGUGUAUACAUGUGGUGCCAACGACCUAAGGCAACUUGGUUUGGAUGUGGAUGACCCGGUUGUUUAUAGACCGAUGCCAAUGCCUGCAGUCACAUCAGGGGUGGAGGCAUAUUACAUGGAUUUUGGAGCGUAUAGAAGCCCACCGGUGGCGGUUCUUAGGUCAUUUUGCUCGUCAAUUCCAUCACUGGAUGUCAGUGAUUUGGAUAAACCGGAGGUGUUGCCAAAACCCGUGUCGUCAACAGUGUCGGUUGUCUCUGAAGAAGUUCCGGAUACGCCGCAGUUGCCUUCACCAUUGCUUCCGGAGGAUGGCGUGGAGAACCUUCCGGAACCUUCCGUAAACCACCAUCCUUCGAAACGAAGGGAAAGAAAAGAGAUAAAGGAAGAAAGGGAGAAGCAAAGCUGUGGAAAGUGUUGUGUGGUGUUAUAG